AUGGACAAUAAAUCUGAAACUAAUGAGUAAGAGAAAUUAUCUCAAGAAAUUAUUGAGCUUUCUUUAUAAGAAAGUAUGUAAAAAUAAUUUAACUUGUUAAUAAGAUAUAUAAAACCGUCUUAAAACGAGUCAAUAGAAAGAUGAGAGAAUAAAUGAAUUAUUAAGGAAAAUUCCAUCUGAAAUUCGAUAAAUGUAUGAUUGUUUGGGUCCUCUAUAUGAGGUAAACCCAAAAUACUAAAUUAUAUACCAAAAUGAUGGAAGUAUAUAUUUUGGUUAAGGAGUUGGAGGUAGAAAAAUUGGUACAGGUAUAUAAAUCUGGCCAGAAUAAGGAAAUAUAUUAGAUGGGUAAAAUAGAUGAUAAUUUAUAAAAAUAGAAAUUGGGAGAAUGAUCAAUUAGAGGGUUAUUGUAGGAUGGUGUAUUCAAAUAAAGAUAUGUAUCAAUCAAUAAUAAAAAUAAUUAGUUUUGAGUGCUUAUUUAAAUAAGGAAGAGCCAAUGGUUUUGGAGUGUUCCAAACAUAAAAAAAGACAGUGAAAGGUAAUGUAGGAUGAAGAAAAUUAGGGAUUUGGAUAGAUAAUAAUUUAUCUGGAGAGGGAUAGGAGUUUAGAAAAGAUGGAUAACGAUAUUAUGGAUAGUUUUAGGAUGGACAAAAAGAUGGUCAGGGCAUUAUCUAUUUUAAAGAUGGAUGCAAGUAAUACUUGAUUAUUGAUAUAAAAUAGAUACGAAGGGGAAUUAAGGAAAAACCUAGCAGAUGGGUUAGGGACUAUGAUUUGGAGUGAUUGCAGUUACUACGACGGUGAAUUUAGAUUGGGUGUCAUAAAAGGGAGAGGAGUUUAUCUGAGUGGAAAUGGCUAUAGUUUGAUGGGAUAUGUAAUAUGAAAUUGAAUUUCUGGUUUUAGUUCGAAGAGGAGGCGUAGAAGGACAGAAAGAAGAAGAUUUAGAGAAUUAUAUAUAAAAAUGAGGGCGGAUCAAAUUUAAUAAUAGAAAAAAUUAGAUAACUAUGACAAUAGAGUUAGAAAAUCAAAUGAU